UUUUCUUCCUCUUCCCUGCUCUUUCUCCAACUCUUUUUUUUAUUAAUUGCAGAAUGAACUCUAGACAUCGUAACCAACCGAACUCUACUUUACCAACUGUCACUGAAGCACUUAGUGCUGGCAAUUUUGACUACAACAACAACUAUCUUUGCAAGAGAUGCUGCAGUGAGAAGCCUGGAAUGGAUUUCAGUGGUAAUACUAGACCGUAUAGAACCUGUGUGGCCUGCCGUACUAGAGACACUCCACCCGAAAUUGUUCCGUUGGAUGACAUGGUAAUAUUGGACUCUUUAUAUGAUUAUUAUCCUGCUGCAGAUGAUACAAACGAUCAUUUCUAUUGUUAUAUAAUGGUUGAACUGUAUAUGGAAUCGAUAUCGAUUGAUCAAUUGAUCGAGCGAAUCUUGGAUGAGGUGAUCAGUUGCAAUGGGCAUCGAUAUAUGCUGAAGAACGAGGGGGCCCCUGAGCAAGCAUUCAAUCUAACCCUGAUUGGAAUGCGCUGGCCUCUGCAUUUGCUUCUGCAAGUUCCGAAGACAGAAAAAUAACGUCCAACACCGUCUCAAUGGAUUCGCCAGAGAGCAAAGCGUAUAAGCUUUCAUCAGAAGACAAAGAAUUGAUAACAGCAAUGUACAAAAGAUUGGAUGAAGAAAGAAUGUGGCGUCUGAGUAUGGGGACAAUUGUCGAAAAGCAAAUGGAGAAAGUUGCAGCGAUAUGCAAUCAUGAACACUUAUCUCACUCGCUCAUUUUGGAUCCACAAGACAAUGUUUGGGCCCUUGUCUUCACUGAGAAGGAGAUC